AUGCCACUCUAUGCCAAGUUCCUGAAGGAGCUGAUGACUAAGAAGAGAAGCUGGAAGAACCAUGAGACUAUGAUACUAACCAAAGAAUGUAGUGCUAUCAUCCAGCACAAACUACCCCAGAAGUUGAAGGAUCCUGGGAGCUUUCAGAUCCCUUGUAUCAUAGGGGAAAUCACAGUAGAUAAGGCCCUUUGUGACUUAGGAGCCAGCAUCAAUUUGAUGUCAGUAGCAAUGAUGCGGAAGAUGAAAAUCGAGGAGGCUAAACCAACAAAAAUGGCCUUACAACUGGUAGACCGAUCGUUCAAGUUCCCUCAUGGCAUAGUAGAGGAUUUGUUGGUGAAAGUAGGAGACUUCAUAUUCCCGGCAGAUUUUGUAGUGUUGGACAUGCAGGAGGAUGCCAAGACCUCCAUUAUUCUAGGAAGGCCGUUCUUGGCCACUGCUGGAGCUAUCAUUGAUGUCCAAAAAGGUGAUCUUACCUUGAGAUUACACAAUAAAAAGAUGACAUUCAAUGUGUUCAAGGCCAUGAGUUACCCACCAGAACAAUUGGGGGAAUGCAUGAGGUUAGACGCAGUUGAAGAAGAAGUGCAGGAGUGUUUUGAAGAAGAAGAGCAUGAAGAGCCCGAGAGAUCAAUAGAGGAGGAGUAUAUAUCAAGUGAGGAUGUUGCAACAGCAGAGAGUCAUGUUCAAGAUGCACCAAAGGAAGAGACUGAAAAGUCAUAG